AGUUGCUCAAUAUGUUAAUUUUAAUAUUACAAAGAGUGCUAAAGAUGGUCAUAUGUUAAAUCCCGGUUAUCAAAAAGAUUACGUUAAAUCCCUACUCUAGAUUUUGCGUUAUAAAUAACCAGAGAACGUGUCCUCCAUGGACUCAUUAUCAUAACCUUCUUCCGUAGAAUCAUAGCUUCUUUGCUUUUCCACAACAUUUCUUCAAUGGCAGCCAAUCAAGCUCAAGACCUAGGCCACACCAAAAGGGGACAAUGGCUAAGAACCACCAUCUUGGAUUACAGUGAUGCGUUGCUUUACUUUCCAUCCUAUAUGAUUUUAAUUGGAGCUGUCUUAAAAGAUAAGACUGCGAUCUUUAGUGGAGUUUCAUGGUUGGUUGCAGGAGCUUGUAGUAUGGCUAUAGGAGAGUUCAUCUCAGCUUGCUCACAAUAUUACAUAGAUAAGGCACAAAUGAAGAGAGAGUGUAGCAUUGAGAACAUGGGAGUCGAGGAGUUAGACGCUGAGAAGGAGAAAUUGUCAAACCCUUGGCAUGGAUUGUCAAUAGACACAGCAUUUUCAUUUCUCGUGGGAGCUUGUGUAUGGCUAUUAUUAGGGGUACAGUUUGUAAAGAAUUGUGUGAGGGUAGGGUUGAUAAUAGCGGUUGUAAGCUUUGCCUUGUUAUUGUUUGGAGGGUUAGGUUCUAUUCCAGCUGGGACGACUGUGAAGUCCUCGUUAAGGGUGUUACUUGGAGGUUUGGUGGCCAUGGGAGUUAGUUAUGGCUUUACCAAACUUCUUGAUUCCGCUGGAUUGUAACCAUAUGCUAGUUUUUCAAGUAAUUUUAUCUUAGUUUCAACAUAUGUUUGAUCU